AUGGAUUAAGUUCACUUAGCAUUGACAAUUCAUAAGUAUUAUUAGGGCUACGACUCUUAGAAUAAGAGUGAAUUAGAGUACAAUCUCAAUCAACUAGAACAAAACAGAGACGUACAUCUUGGGAAUAUAAUGAAAAUUUUAGUUGACAAUUAGAGUCAAGAUAUAGCUGAAUGCAAGAUGACAGUGGCAAUUUACCUUAGAAACUACAUUCGCAAGAUUUUCAGCACAGGAAUGCAAGGAUUGUCGAGUGAUUAUUUGCAGGGACUUCUGAGUCUCUUCUAUCAAGCAUUAGUUGAAUAAGCAGUUGAGUUCAGCAUUAAAAAGCAUAUAUUCUUGGUGUUCGAGAGCGUGCUACUCGUCUACCAAGGUUAGGAGGGUGACCAUAAUAAAAUGCUGGCCUUCUACAAUGAGUUAUUCAACUCCAUUGAAACCAUUCUGGGCCAAAAUAGUGAUGCGAAUGUCACCAAGGGAGCUCUUUUAAUUUGCCAGGCAGUCCUACUUAAUAUCAGACCUCUUUCAAUGCUUACCAAAGUAUUCCCAGGCAUUUCAGCACUCCUUUGCAAACUAGCAGAUCACUUUAUCUAGAGUUUAUCAACUGAGCUGAUGGCUAUUCCAGGGAUGACUUCACUAGAGACAGAUAACCCUUCAAUCGUGAGAAUAAUGACCUAUUUGGACAUUUUGCAGCAGUGGGCGAACAUUCACGAGAGCAUUUUAGAGCGCUACGAGUCAAAGAAGUUCUUCGCAUUCCACUUGUUCACCCAAGACAAGGGCUACGCUGUAGUGUUCACUCAGCUAAUUGGAGUGAUUGUGCAAGCACCUAACCAAGAUGUGAAUAGUUUUAUCAGCAUCACUGGCUUUGAAAAGCUAGAUCAGUUGCUCAACAAUAUCAAAAUCAAGACUCUUGAAUGCCUUAACUCUAUCUACAACUAUAUUCUCAAUGAGAUACCAAACACCACAAAACUAGAAUCACCAUUCCUAGAGAAAGGGCUUACUUUGUGUCCAUACUUCAUUCAAACUCUAUUAUCAGUGGCAUCUAGAUAAGACAUAUAAAACUUGAUAUUGAAUGAAACAUACCAAGAUAUCUUGGUGGAAACCAUGCAGACUCUUGUACUCUUCGUUGGAGACAAAGAGUUUUUCCACUUGAUUGUAGAUAAGCAGAGAGAGCUUUUAGUUUGUGUAUGUCUAAACUUCCUAAGAACCUCAGCCUAGGAGUAUGAGCAGAUGACUUCAGACCCUGAGCAGUUCGUGAGUCUAGCUCUUGACACCUGUGACAAGCAAAAGAGCAAGGUCGUAAAGACACAAGCAGCCAAGCUCAUUGAAGCACUUUGUGAUAGUGUUGAUGGCUCAGUCUCCUUCAUCACUCUCUUCUGCUGUCAAGCCAUUAAUGUUGCUCUUAACAAUGGGCAAGUGCAGUCUCACCCCUCAGUUGACUUUGCAGUAUUUUAGCAAUCUCAAUUCAUGUAGUCGCCACCAGAGAUAAUUGCUGAGACAUGCUUAGUAGCAUUGACAGCUAUUUCCUACAUUCUUCCCCGCAGAGCUGACCUGGUGCCAAUCUUCGACAGUGCCUUAGCCACCAACAUCGAUUAAAUCCUGUCCAAAGGAUCAAUUCUCCUCAGAGCAAGAAUGAGUCUAUUACUAGGCUACUACGCAGACAUGCUCUUCUCCAACCAUCGUCAAGCCUUCAUCCAAACCAUUGACUUCCUUAUCCAGAGUGUCGGCCUUGUGCAAAAGGAGAAGGUUAUCGCUAUGCAGAGUGCAGAUACUCUGAACACAAUCAUUAGCGAUAAGGAUCUUAUUCCAAGACUUGCUGAAGAAAUUCCUAGAAUAACUCAAACUCUUAUGGAGUGCAACAUGAGAAUCAAUAUUGUACUUUACUUCAACUUUUUGAGAGAUUUCGUCAAGUACUAUCAGAACUAUAUUGGCGACUUGAUAGUCCCCUUCAUCCAAAGUCUAGUUUAGCGUAUACUGUUAGAACUAAAACUUUGUCAUGAGAAAGGUGAGCGAACCAACAUAGUAGUGAACAAGUGCUGGAACAUCAUUCGCCAGAUCAUUGAGCUUCACACCUUCAUUCCAAACUAUUAUGCUCAAAUUGAAGAACAGCUGAAGCCGCUCUUUGAAUUCAUGGUCGAUCCUACUCACAUAGAAUUCGAGGAUGAUAUCGUUCUUACAAUCAAAACUUUCCUUAAGAAAACCUAGGCAGUAUCGCCAACAAUGUGGACUCUCUUCCCACUACUCGUUAAAGUCUUUGAGAAGUCAAAGUUCGUAUUCGGCAAUCUACUAAACACUAUCAAUUACUACUUGCUAUAUGGCAGAGAUCAAAUCUCUCAAAACAGAUAGUACCUCGAAAUAUUAGUCGGCCUUGCACAUAAGUCACUAUUCUCCAUGGAGCCCAAUAUCGUCACUCAAAACUCAGAAGGUGCAAUCCUCCUUCAACUCUUAUUCCAAGUAUUCGCAGGAUCCUAAUGUUUGAAUGAGUUCUUCCAAGAAAUAAUGGUGAUGACUAUGAACAGACUGACUACAGAGCCAAUGUAAAACAGCUUGAAACGCCACUUGCUCUGCGUCUACUUAUCAGCAUUCGUCUACAAUCCAAACUUUACUCUUGAGUAUCUAGAGUCCAUCCAGGUGACCAGCAAGAUGUUCCAGCAGAUCUUCCAUCUAGCAGGCUCUUUCAAGAACUUAUAUGAACGCAAGAUAUUCAUUUUAGGACUCAGUAAUAUCCUCACUGCAAGUCAACUCACUCCAGAGAUCCAAGGAAACCUUCUCAAAAUCAUCUAGGAAAUCAUUCAAAUGCUCAACAAGCUCAAGAAGACCGAAGAUAAUGCUUUGAAGAAGGCAGGAAAGAGAGAGAUUAAGCAGUCAGCUGAAGAAGAGGAUAAUGAUGAUGAUGAAGAUUACGAAGACUAUGAUGAGGAUAGCGAACUCGAAGAUGAUGACGACGAGGACGAUUCAGACGAGGACGGAGAAGACGAUGAUGAAGAAGAGGCAGUUGAUGGAGAACCUACAAUGAAAGAUGAAGAUCAAGAAGAAACUAAGGAACAAACUGAGCCCAAAAGAUCAACUAAGGUCAAGGCCAGUGCAGAUGCAGAUACAGACGACGAUGAAGACGCCGAUGAACUUGUAAGUUGCAGCAUUAUAUGUCUAAUGUAUAUAUAGUUUGAUUUGAAUGUCACUAUGGACAUGCUACAGUCUCCCUUCAAAAAGGCUGAUGAGUUUGCCUUCUUCAACAAGAUACUAUCCACACUGCACUCUCAAAAUGCCCAGUAUUUAAAUAACAUUGUCGGCUAGUUGUCAGAGGAAGAUAGGAAGUAUUUGUAAGAGCAUAUGUAAACAAAAAGAAUUGAAAUCGAAUAGAAAGGCAUUAAGUAAGAAGUCGCAAGAAGAAUUGUUAAGGUCAAAAGAAGAGGAGUUGCAUAAAGUGCCUCAGGUGAACAAAUAAAAUAGUGA